AUGUCAUAUAUCAUCUUGUCAUUUAUGUUUUAUAAACCACAUGUUUUUUAUUUCUUUUUAAGAACCCAGUUAUUUUUGGAAUACAAGCUUUGUAAAUUAUUAGUGAGGUCACUAGAAGACAGAGGUCCAAGUCGUCAGAGCAGUCGUAGCGUGUAUGGUUACAGUCGUCAAACAACGAGCUUCGCAAGUUCCAGUUUAGGAAACAGCCAUCCACGUAGUACUUAUGAUAACGAGUCAGAAGUUUCUGAGCCGUGGGCUUCUGAAAUAAAUAGAAGUGGAAUUCUGGGAAGAUACUUAAAGCCUGGAAGCAGAGCUCAAAGUGUGCCAUCAUAUGUACCAUUAGGCUUGUACACUUCCAAUGUAUCAGCCAAUCUGUCUUCCAACCAGAAUUCAUCAGGACAUUUUAGCAGUAAAUCUCGGCGUGCCAAAUCAGGAUCUGCGAUUCGCAGUGGUAAGCAUGAGGUAGACAAUGAUGUCAAUUCGUACCAACCAGUCAGUGAUUCAGGUGUGGCUACAACGGCACCCGAUCAUGUUACCCGGGAAGGAACACAGUUCACCAUGGAAACCCAUUCAGAUGGGAGUGGUGGAAAGAAAAGUGCUUUGAGAACGCCAAACUCCAGGUAUUCUCAGAAGAAACACACUACAAUCAGGAUACCUCACAUCGACGAUCAGAUUUGUAACUCAAACGAAAAAAAUGAAGAGAAUGCGGGACAUGAAAGGAAAUCCGUAGGGAACAAUAAUCUUGCCACUUUACCCGAUAAUGAAGAUUAUGUAUUCGGUGAUACUGAAAAGGCACCCAGUUUCGUAGAGUUCGAUGAUGAUCCUGAAGAAUACAUAAGUGAUGUCCAGACAGAAGCAGAUCUCAGAGAAAUGGAAAGUAGGCACAAACGAACGUUUCAGCAGUUGAAGGAAGAUAUGUUAGGAUCGAUUGCUGGAAUGGAAGCAUUUAAUGAAUUCUUACGCAACACAGUUGGUAUGGACAUGUUGAACUUCUGGUUAGAUUGUGAGAAAUAUCGCGACAAUGUGAAAGCCAUUGGUGAUGCAGAAUCAACAAUGAAACGAAAUAGAUUAUUUAGGGACAUUCAAGACAAGUACAAGUUCAAGUUAUCUGACGAUGCCAAGGAGCAUAUUAAGAAAGCUCAAGAGAAUGAAGGUUUGAGUGAAACUGUAUUCACUCGAACCCAGUACGAUAUCUUACGGAGAAUGAGAACUUAUUGGGUUCCCCGAUUUCUGAUUCAUCAAGAAAGGCAUUCUGAAUUCAGAAUGAUGGAUUCGUUCAAAAAGUUUCUUACUGAGGAUGAGGAGAACGCUGCAUUGAACAAAUUAACUAUGCAUCAGGAUAUCGACAUUUAUCUUCGGUUACCAGAUGCUCACACCGAAAAACGAAAUACGCAGAUGAAACAUAUCAUUGCUACUUAUUUUACAGAGUCUUCAAAAAAGUCAGUCAAUUUACCACCAGAAGUUAUGCAGAAUCUUGCCAAAGAGGGCGACAAGCCCAAAAACUCAACAUUACAACUUGUGCAAAAGUCGGUUCAACCGGAAAUAGAAGAACAGUUUAAAGUAUUCUGGGCUAAUAUAGUGCAGUAG